UGAGUUACAAUUUUCCCAUAAAAAUAAUAAGCGAGGGUGAGACACUGCCUUCGGUACCGUAGAGUUUCACCUAUAGAAUUGUCAAAAUUCAAUCCCUAAACGUCGACUUCCCACUGUCAAAACACUGCACAUACAUACAACAAUGUCUUCUCUCUCUCCACUGGUCGAAACUUUCUCGUUGCACGUCCUUUCAUUCUCUCUCCUCACCUUCCUCUUCCUAAUCUUCCUCAUCAAAUGGCUCUUCCUCAACCCAUCAAGCAGCAAGAACCUACCACCAUCCCCACCAAAGCUUCCGAUAAUCGGAAACUUCCACCAACUAGGCUUUCUCCCCCACCGCUCACUCCUACCCCUAUCUCAGCGCCAUGGGCCUCUCAUGCUCCUCCACCUCGGCACCGUGCCGACCCUCAUCGUCUCUUCCGCCGACGCAGCCCGCGAAAUCAUGAAAACCAACGAUCUGAUCUUCGCAAACCGACCCAAAUCACACGUCGCCGAAAAGCUUCUCUACAACUCGAAGGAUGUGUCCGUCGCACCUUACGGUGAGUACUGGAGGCAGUUGAAAAGCAUCUGUGUUCUUCAGCUUCUGAGUAACAGAAGGGUUCAGUCCUUCGCUGCUCUGAGAGAAGAAGAAACAGCUCUGAUGAUGAAGAAGAUCGGAGAUUUAUCGUCGUCAACGCCGGUGGAUUUGAGUGAAAUGUUCACGUCGAUUACAAAUGAUGUCGUCUGUAGGGUGGCUUUUGGGAGGAAGUACAGUGAAGGGGAAAGUGGGAAGAGAGUGAGGGAAUUGUUGAGAGAAUUGCUGGUGUUAUUGGGUAGUUUGAAUUUUGGGGAUUUUUUUCCAUGGCUUUCAUGGAUAAAUCGAAUUAAUGGGUUUGAUUCAAAAUUGGAUAAAGUUGCGAAAGAGAUUGAUGAUUUCUUGGAGGGAGUGCUUCAAGAUCACAUGGAUCGUCUGGAAAUGGAGAGUGGUAGAAAAAAAGUUCAUGGAGAAGGCAGGGAGGACUUUGUUGAUACUCUGCUCAAGAUUCAGAAGGAAGAUGUUACUGGCAUUUCCAUUGAUAGAGAUAGCAUCAAAGCUAUCCUCUUGGUAGAACACACUCUCUCUCUCUACCAUUUUUCCCACUAUAUUAUUGCCAACAACAAAUUAAUAUAAUUUAUUAUAGUUAUGAGAUUGAUUGUGUGCAUUAU